AAAAUAUCCACAUUCAUGAAGUUCUACACUUUCCGGAUUGAACCUGAUAUUAUAAACACAGAUUUGACAUGCGCAUCAAACCACCACCCCUCCAACAUGCCGGAUUACAAAGUGUACUACUUCAACGUCAAGGCCCUGGGCGAACCCCUGCGGUUCCUGCUGUCCUACGGCAAUUUGCCCUUCGACGAUAUCAGAAUCACCCGCGAGGAAUGGCCAGCUCUGAAGCCAACGAUGCCCAUGGGACAGAUGCCGGUGCUGUCGGUGGAUGGCAAGAAGGUGCACCAGUCGGUGGCCAUGUCCCGCUAUCUGGCCAAGCAGGUCGGCCUGGCCGGUGCCGACGAUUGGGAAAACCUGAUGAUCGACACCGUCGUCGACACCAUCAACGAUUUCCGCCUGAAAAUCGCUGUUGUCUCCUACGAACCCGAUGAUGAUGUGAAGGAGAAGAAGCUGGUCACCCUCAACAGCGAGGUCAUUCCAUUCUACCUGGAGAAGCUGGACGACAUCGCCCGUGACAACAACGGCCACAUGGCCAACGGCAAACUCACAUGGGCCGAUAUGUACUUUGUGGCCAUCCUGGACUACCUGAACUACAUGACCAAGUCGGACCUCGUGGCCAACCACCCGAACUUGCAGAAAGUCGUUGACAAUGUGACGAGCAUUGAUUCGAUCAAGAACUGGAUCGAUAAGCGACCCCAAACAAUGCCCAUGGGACAGAUGCCGGUCCUGGAGGUCGACGGCAAGCGAGUCCACCAAUCGUUGGCCAUGUGCCGCUACGUGGCCAAGCAGAUCGGACUGGCCGGGGCCGAUCCGGUGGAGGAGCUCCAGAUUGAUGCGAUUGUUGAUACGAUUAACGAUUUCCGUCUAAAGAUCGCCAUCGUUGCCUACGAGCCGGAUGACAUGGUAAAGGAAAAGAAGAUGAUCACCCUCACCAACGAAGUGAUUCCCUUCUACCUGACCAAGCUGAACGUGAUCGCCAAGGAGAACAAUGGCCACCUGGUGCUGGGCAAACCGACCUGGGCCGAUGUGUACUUCGCCGGCAUUCUGGACUAUCUGAACUACCUCACCAAGACCGAUCUGCUGACCAACUUCCCCCAGCUGCAGGAGGUCGUGAACAAGGUGGUGGAAAACGAGAACGUCAAGGCGUACAUUGCCAAGAGACCGGUGACUGAAGUCUAAGACAACCGCCCCUAAAAGAAUAUACUGAAUAUAAACUCGAAUGGGAUUACGAUUGAACGCUACGCCAUUUUUGUGCUGUUUUAGCUUGUAGGGAUAUAAGUCGCGCGAAAGAACCAAGAAACCAAGGUCUGGGAAGGAAUUGUAUCUAUUCCUGCCAUGAUGGUGGCAUCUUUUAUGAAACCGUAUUUCACUAAUUGAACGUUGUACAUCUCCACAGUAAGAGAAUAUCUAGAUUCUAGUCCAAUACAUAGUUCGUACGUUUAAGGUGUUAAGAAAUAUUUUAAGUUGUCCGUAAGAGCAAGGUCGAGAUCGAGAGAAUACAUAUUGUGUGUAAAGUCCAAAUCGAAACUAA